CCCAAAGCUUCUGCCUUUCUUGAGUUUUUUUGAUGCUUUGUUUGGAUCUAUUUUCCGAGAAAAGAGUGAAAUUUCAUUAAGAAAAGUUGUGUUCUUUUUGUGAAAAGAUCGAGGAAAGUGCGUGUUUUGUUUAGUUGAAAAGAAAAAUGUAUGCAGAGAGAGGGCUGUUUUCCCCUUACAUGCACAACUUUGCUGCUCAAGAUUUUCAGCAGCUUGGAGAUUCCUGGAAAACCCAGAAACCCAAUGAUUCAAUGAACAACCUGAUUCCGACCUGGACGAUAUCUGAGUAUUAUCUGGGAGGAGACUGUGAUCUGUUGAAAGCUCCAGAGCCGACCAUAGAAGAAUCGGCUCUAGGCCUUGAUCACAUGACUGCUGCCAUGCCGUUAAUCUCGUGCAGUGAAGACGUCAUUACUUCACAAGAACUUAAGGCUGCCGAUAUCGAAUCGUUUCAGAACGAGCAACUUUUGGAGGUUCUAUACGAGUGCGAGAAGGAUCUGAUAGCACAAGCUGUGAUCGAAACACCUCUGGUAGAGGUCCUUGACAUCAAGGUUCCUGUCGUUAAAACAGAUGAAAACGAAAUGCUCUGCGAUGUACAAUUCUUGAAAAGUGUCAGCUCAAGUUGUUUAAGCUCUAUGGAAUGGAUGCAGGGGGCUGCUAUCGAGUCGAAUUUUCUCAAUUUCCCGGGAAUUGAUUUCGAUUCUGUUUACGGGAUGAGGAGAGCAUUCAGUGAAGGAGAUAUAAAGGCUCUUGGCAAUGGUAAUGUGAGUGUCGUCCAUUCUCUGGUCGAGCGGCCGUUGAUAUUCAGUAGCUGUUCUACAGAAGAUCGAAGAGAAAAGCUCUCGAGAUACAGGAAUAAGAAGACAAAGAGGAACUUUGGAAGGAAAAUCAAGUAUGCUUGCCGGAAGGCUCUUGCCGACAGUCAACCAAGGAUUCGUGGGAGGUUUGCAAGGACUGAAGAAUCUGACAACUGCAAGAGACAAUGACUGUUG